CCGUCGGCUCUCAGGCUUUUCGGCUUCUGUGCGCGCCCCGCAGCCAGCAGUGAUGGCGUUUCGGUGUCAGCGCGACAGCUACGCCCGCGAGUUCACCACCACGGUAGUCUCCUGUAGUCCCGCGGAGCUGCAGACGGAAGGGAGCAACGGCAAGAAAGAAGUGCUGAGCGGGUUCCAAGUGGUUCUGGAAGACACGCUGCUUUUCCCUGAGGGCGGGGGACAGCCUGAUGACCGUGGUACAAUCAAUGACAUCUCUGUGCUGAGAGUGACCCGCCGAGGGGCCCAGGCUGAUCAUUUCACACAGACACCCUUGGCCCCUGGGAGCCAGGUCCUGGUCCAGGUAGACUGGGAGCGGAGGUUUGACCACAUGCAGCAGCAUUCAGGGCAGCAUCUCAUCACGGCAGUUGCUGACCAUCUUUUUGGGCUGAAGACAACAUCAUGGGAGUUAGGGAGACUCCGGAGUGUCAUUGAGCUGGACAGCCCUUCCGUGACUACAGAGCAAGUAGCUGCCAUUGAGCAAAGUGUCAAUGAAAAAAUCAGAGAUCGGCUGCCUGUGAACGUGCGAGAACUGAGCCUGGAUGAUCCUGAGGUGGAGCAGGUGAGAGGCCGGGGUUUGCCGGAUGAUCAUGCUGGGCCCAUUCGAGUUGUUACCAUCAAGGGUGUUGAUUCCAAUAUGUGCUGUGGAACCCAUGUGAGCAAUCUCAGUGACCUUCAGGUCAUUAAGAUUCUGGGCACUGAGAAGGGGAAAAAGAACAAAACCAACCUGAUAUUUCUGGCUGGGAACCGGGUGCUAAAGUGGAUGGAGAGAAGUCAUGGAACUGAAAAAGCACUGACCGCUCUGCUUAAGUGUGGAGCAGAGGAUCAUGUGGAAGCAGUGAAAAAGCUCCAGAACUCCACCAAACUGCUGCAGAAGAACAACCUGAAUUUGCUCAGAGACCUGGCUGUGCACAUUGCCCACAGCCUCAGGAACAGCUCAGACUGGGGAGGUGUGGUCACAUUACAUAGGAAGGAGGGUGAUUCUGAGUUCAUGAAUAUCAUUGCCAAUGAGAUUGGGUCAGAGGAGACCCUCCUGUUCUUAACUGUUGGUGAUGAGAAAGGUGCUGGGCUCUUCUUACUGACAGGGCCAGCUGAGGCUGUGGAGACCCUGGGGCCCAGGGUGGCUGAAGUCCUGGAAGGCAAAGGAGCAGGGAAGAAAGGUCGUUUUCAGGGCAAGGCCACCAAGAUGAGCCGGCGGGCAGAGGCGCAGGCGCUUCUCCAGGACUAUAUCAGCACGCAGAGUGCUGAGGAAUGAGGUCUCAAGUGCCUGCCUCCUGUGACCACAGAAGGAGUGUCUUGGAUAAUAAAAUAGUUUGACUCGGAA